ACUCUCGCUUAGCGAUGAAGAUAAACAUCGCUUGUGGUUCGUCCGUCUUUCUGUGAAGGAAAAACUUCACAUGAAAGGAAACCAGUUUCGAAAAUAUUGAUGUCGAGUCCUUCACGCCAGGUUGGAAAUCGUCGGCUUCCUCCUCUACCAAGCGGUUCGCGCUACAGCCCUAUUUAUCAGCGCGCUUCGAACGGUCAUGGGACUUCGCCUGUUUCACAGGCAAAGGCAGCGAAAGGGCCUUCUAGCAACCGAACAUCAAACAACCAUGGUCAGAGCAGUCAUAUUACCCACAUUGAUCUGACCGCAAGCUUUGGCGAUGGGCCGUUUCGGCCAGCUUUGGUACAGGGAAAAGCGAUAGGAAAUGGCCAAGCUGAUGUCGAUGAAGAGGCGGUGCGUAUUUUUCUCCGAGCAAACCCUGUGUUUUUGGAGGAUUAUGUGAUGAAACAUGUCGAUCAAGACCGUUUGGAGCGAUGGCUCAUUAGGAAGACGCGAAAAUUGAAGAUUAAAGCGGGGAAGAAGCCUUCAAGUUCUCUCGAUCAUGAAAAUAAUAAACAAAGUGACCCACAUCGUCCAUCUCUGUCGAAGUGGAAGUUUUGUGUACACAGUGAUAAGAAGAAAAUGCUGGAAGAGCUGACAAAUGAUAUUCAUCAGUCACCAAACAAGCAGAAGGUGUUGAUGGAGUUGGCAAACUGUAUUGCAUCAGCUUGUCAUGCAGAUUCUUUCACUUUGUAUUUAGUUGAUGCUACAGGAAAGGCAUUGUUCAUCUACAAUCCUAACCAUCCAGAAGGGAGGACUUCAUCAAAUAUUCAAAUAAAGGAUGGAAGUACAAUUGCAGCAUAUGUAGCUUUUACUCAAAAGCCAUUCAGAACAAAUGAAGUGUUAGGGGAUGACCGUUUUCCAGAAGGAAUAGGACUGGAAGGUAGCACAGCACAGUCUGUUUUAUGUCAGCCAAUCAUUCAGUCAAAUGGCGAGCUUAUUGGUGUGAUUGAGUUAUGUAGGAGACUUGGCCAUGAAGCAUUUGGAGAAGAAGAUGAUGAGAUUGUCAACAGCUACCUUGUGUGGGGUGGAAUAUCACUGUAUUAUGCAGAGAUGUUCCAAAACAUGCAAAGACACAGAAAAUUGACAGAGUUUCUACUAAAUGUGACAAGGUCAAUCUUUCAAGAUAUUGUCAGCAUGGAUACAGUGAUUAUGAAGAUUAUGAAUUAUGCACAAACUUUGGUGGAUGCAGACAGGACAUCACUCUUCCUUGUGGACAACAGAACAAAUGAAUUGUAUGCCAGGAUAUUUGAUAUAGGAGGGAGUCUUGAGGACAGCAGGUCAUCAAAUCUUCAAAAAGAAAUCAGGUUUCCAAAAACGAAGGGAGUGGCAGGCCAUGUGGCCACCACAGGAGAAACACUGAACAUUGCAGAUGCCUAUCAUGAUGAAAGAUUCAACAGGGAAAUUGACCUUCAGACUGGGUAUACCACUACCACAUUGCUUUGUAUGCCAAUUUUCAUCAGAGGAAAUAUUAUUGGUGUUGUUCAGAUGGUGAACAAAAAGAGUGGAGUAUUUACAGCUUCAGAUGAAAAGUCUUUCCAGACAUUUGCAAUUUACUGUGGCUUGGCUCUCCACCAUGCAAAGCUAUAUGACAAGAUAAGGAGGUCGGAGCAGAAACACAGGGUCGCAUUGGAAGUGCUAUCAUAUCACAGCAAGUGUUCUGAACGGGAGCUAACAUCCACCCAAGAGAUGCCAGUUCAAGAACCUUUUCCAUCUUUGGAAUCGUAUAAAUUUGAUUCGUACUCACUGAUAAAAGAAGGAACAGACUUCAUGCCAAGUCUAGUCAUUCAAAUGACAAAGAAUCUCUUCUCACUUCAAAGAUUUGGAGUUGACGAACUGUGGCGGUUUGUGCUUACCGUGAAGAAGAAUUAUCGAGAUGUUCCAUACCACAACUGGACCCAUGCCUUCGCUGUCGCACAUUCCAUGUAUCUCGUCAUUCGAUCUGGGAACGAAAAAUUCACUGCACUUGAGGCCCUGGCCAUGUUCUUUGCGUCAUUGUGCCAUGACUUGGAUCACCGUGGUCGCACCAACUCGUGGAUGAAGAAUGAACAGACUCCCCUGGCUGCUGUGUAUAGCACGUCAACUAUGGAACAUCAUCACUUCAACCAAACCAUUACCAUCCUUCAGCAUGAAGGCCACAACAUCUUCUCUCACCUAAGUCCGGCAGAGUACAAAACAGUGCUUGGUUACAUGAAGGAGUGUAUCCUUGCCACAGAUCUGGCGCUGUUUUUCGGUAACAAGUCGAAACUGAAGGAGUUGGUGGAAAAAGGACAGUUCACAUGGGACAACCAAGAUCACAGGAAGCUGUUACGUGCUAUUUGUAUGACAGCUUGUGAUUUAUCUGCCUGCACAAAGCCGUGGGAAAUUCAGUUGGAGAUUGUGAGGGUCAUUUAUCAAGAGUUUUACGCUGAGGGUGAUCUUGAAAAGGCGCAGGGAAAAACACCCAUUGCAAUGAAGGACCGUAACACAGCGCAUGAAUUGCCAGCGCAUCAGGUUGGUUUCCUGGUUGGAAUCUGUUUACCUUGUUAUGAGCUCUUACAGAAGUGCAUUCCUGACACAAAACCACUUGUGGAAGGAUCUCAAGCAAACCUGGCAAAAUGGUCGAGGAUGGCUCAACACAACAGAACUGCCCUAGAAUCCAUGAAUCCGCCUUCAGAUGAUUCAGGUAAGGAGGACCAAGAAGGUAAGGAAGAAAAGAGCAGCGAAGCUGGCGGAAAAGAAGAGGAAACUGAAAAAAAGCAAACGAAUGGCAGUGAGGUGGAGAAGGAUGCAGAGACACAAGAGAAUCAGAGUGACAAGAAAGAGGAAGCAAACGAGGAAGCAAACGAGGAAGAGGGCGGUAAGGAUGAUACUAAACAGGUGGAGGAAGGUGCAGCGCAAGAGAACAAAGAGGGAAACACUUCUCGUUGAUGUUAAAAUUACUCCUUUUUCUCCGUAACCAAAUGUCCUCUUCAUCCGUUGUUUCCUUUCUGAAGAAAUUCUUUCCCGUCAAAACGAAAUAUUCCGGUAAGGAAAGCGUUACUCUAACGAUCUCUUCACUUGUCACGCAAGGGUCGACGUUGAUCACGAAUGAUCUUAGUAGGUUAUGUGAUGAAGUAAAAUGUGUAGAUUUUGAAGAGGAAAGUUAGUACCAGCAUAAGUUGUGCUGGGCAAUUAUUUUAUUUUCUUCGAUGUUUUCUUGUGUGUGUUUGUUUGUUUGUCGUCUUUGGUUUGAUAACUUUUCAAAAACGUCAAAGGGAGCCAUUGCGACAACUGCAAAUAAGGGGCGAAUCAACUCGACGCAAGUUGAAGUUGUCAGGAAACGCCUCUGUAGCACGGUUAUUUAUAGAGUGAAAGAAAAUGUCUGUAAGGGCUGAAAUUGAAAAAAACAAACAAACAAACAAAAACAAAAACAGAGCCAAAAGACCUGUUUGAACAGGAAAAAAAAAUUUUGUGAUACGCAACAUAUUGCUUGAAAAACGUGGACCCGACUGUUUUUUUAUCCUUGUUUGAAAUGUAACCAGCAAGAGUGUUCCUCUAUGAAGAUUAAUCAUUAAUCUUUAGAAAGCAAAAUUAUAGUUUCGAUUCCGAAAAUUUAUUAUUAUGAGCAUAAAAUGAAAUAGAAAUAUUGAUAUCAUCAAGAAUACUGUCACCUACACUUCUUUAUCGGAAGUUUCUUAAUACUUUUUUUCAUGCAGAGCUAAACUUUGUAGUCGUGUGAAUUGCUAAAGCUCCUUCAAAAGUUUCGAAAUUUGUAGGUUUUAAAAUGCAUUGGAAAAUGCCUUGUGGGAUACUAAAAUGUGGGCGUUAAUAGGCAAGAAGUAGUGCGUAAAGAAAUAUCUUUACGGGAAUCUGAUAGCAAAGCUAAUUAAAGGCUGGAUAGUGUAGUCUUACACUAAUUAAAAAUCUGUGUUCUAAGCCUUAAAUAACAGAAUAACACAAAAUUGGUUUGUGACCAAGGAUUCAAAAUCAAAUCUUCAUCAUUUUAAUUCAAAAAAGAGGUAUUUAUUUAUGAUGGAUAUGUUAAUCGAUCUGAGUAUUUAAACAAUGAACGACUGUAUAUAUUUCAGUGUUAUCACUGUCAAAAUUUUCUUAUACAUUUGAGCUCUGUGAUAACUAUUUAAUUUAUUGGUGUUAUCGUCUGUGGCUUCGGAUGAUGUUGGCUGAACACUUCCUAUUAUCAAGUAAAAGAGCUCGUCAGAACAUCAUAGGUGAACAGCCUUGGGGACUGUUGUUGGAGGAGUUCAGUCUGCAUACUUUCGCAAGCCACAAAAAGUUUGCUUUACAAGAAAGAAAUUUGUACGCUUUCUAUUCCACCUUUUUAUUGUAUAAAGUAUACUUAUUUAUUGCCCUGGGUCUUAUGUGCAGGGAAGAAGUUUCUAUGUAGUCAGGUGGAGUUACCAUAUUACAGUGAGGUAUUACAUGAAAUGUAAAGUGCUAUUUUAGGCAGCUGUAAAUGAGUUACGUUGACUUUCAUUCAUAAUUUUUGUGACGGAUCUGGACUUACGCCCCAUUCACACUAGCAAAUCAUAAUUAGUCAAAUCGAUUUUAACUGAAUGAAAAUCAGAAACCGGCAGAGAAGUGAAACACUGAAUUUCCAUGAGGUUCAAGUGGUCACUAACUUUUAUUUUCAGUGUGCUAAAUUUGAAGUCGAAAAACAUCGGUCUAAGCCGCUUCUGUAAAGAAGACAAUUUUCAAUGGUGUUUGAGAAAACAGCUUUAAAACAUGGUUCAGCUUUGGUGUGAAUGGGGUAUAAGUUCCCUUGUCUCCUUCUAGUGAAAACAGUUAAGUGGACACUGUCCAAGCAAACAUUUAAAACUGCUCUUAAUCCGCUGAAGGGAAGGACCAUUAGAAGGUAAGGGGGG